AUGGACAGAAAAGCGGGUUCUUUCGUAUGCGUCACGAAGUCGGCUGCAUCGCGCAAUAAUUCUUGCCAUGAGAAGGCCAAUGAGAGAGAAAAUUCUUUAUUGUGCACGGCUGCUCUUCUUGGACAUACAUUCUGUGUCACGAUUCUUGUUGACUACAGAGGCGCAGAUAUAGAAGAAGUAGGAUCAGUUUCAAUCCAGGGUAGUCUUAUUGCAAGUGGAGUAACUCCCUUAUGGUGUGCUAGUAAUGUAGGCCACUCCUGGGUAGUUGAAUUUCUCCUUUGCAAAGGGGCUAAUCCAAAUGGCGUUACGAGUUUUCAUAGCUCACCGUUGCGAUCAGCAUGCGCAAAUGGCCACUUCUUUGUUGUCAGACUUCUUGUGGAACACGGAGCAGACAUUGAGGCCGCAAAUCAUCAGGGCAUCAAUAGUCUGAGGCUCGCUUCCGUCAAUGGUCAUUUGAAAAUCGUGAAGUACCUCUUGGAUGCUGGCGCUGAUGUGAACAGGAAAGAUCUAACAGGAAAAAGCGCACUGCACGCCUCUGCAGAUGCAGGUCAUCUGGCUGUAACGGAACUUUUGCUGGAUCACAAGGCUCGAAUGGAUGCCGACGACUCAGGAUUAACGCCUUUGAUUUCUGCGAGCUCUCUUGGUCAUAUAGACUUGGUGGAGCGUCUGGUAACCAGAGCAGAUCUGGUAUCUGUGAAAGAGAAAGCCGAUGCACUGGAGGUACUGGGCGCUUCCAUUUACAAUCGGACGGGUGAUAUAGUUGUUGCUAUCUACUACUGGAAAACAGCAAUGAGUAUGAGGUACGUGGAAGGUGUCUUGAUUUAUCCGAAAGCUGAGGAUAGUUUGUCAUCCCCUACACACGAGGAGCUGAGCGAAGUCGUCACUUUGCACCAAUUAGAAAAUAUAGGACUAGAUGAUGAUGCAGUUCAAGAGCAGGCUCUUCUCGUGAUGCCGGUGUCUGCCAGCAACAGGGCAGAAGUCGUAGACCUUCUGUUAGAGACUGGCGCUGAUCCUAGUGUCACUGGUCGUGAUGGUAACACGCCCCUCCACGAGCUCGCCAAGAAUAAAGAGUGUCCCAAAGGUGUGGUAGAUGCCCUCUUGUCGGGCGGGGCUCACCUAGACGCAAUGAAUAGUCAGGGGCAAACUUUUGCAUCUUUGAGAGCUUCCCGAGGGCAGCCUGUCUCUCAACUGGUGAAUGUUGUUCGUCACACCUCUUUGCAAUGCCUGGCUGCAGCGAGCAUUCGGAGACAUGGGAUUCCUUACAAGGAUGUCUUGCCUUCCAGACUUGUGAAUUUCAUCAUCAUCGUGAGAGUGAAGCUGAACUGUUCCUCGCAAGAACAGUUGUCCGAACAAGAAGGAGGAUUCUGGAAUCCGCCUUUACCGGUCUACAGGGAAUUCAAGAUGGCGAUGAUCCGAUUAAGUCAUGGCCACAAAGAAUGGCCAAUUCACGAUCUAAUCUCUAGACCCUGGUUCAUCUCCAUCGGCACUGAGCACUGCCAUGAGAAGGCAAGGAGGAAGAACGUUCUUUAUUGUGCAUGGCAGCUCUUCUUGGACAUGAAAACUGCGUCAGAUUCCUCGUUGAAUCCAAAAUGCACACAUCGAAGAACUGGAACAGUUUCAGUGCGAGGAAUUCUUGUACCUGGAGUGCGUGCUUUAUGGUGUGCUAGUGGUGAAGGCCACUACCGGAUUGUUGAAUUUCUGCCUUUCCAAAGGGGCUAA